CUCUAUAUAACACCAAGUGCUGAAAGGCAGAGCCUUAAAGUGGUCUUGAGUGAAAAGGAAAACAUCAACUGCGGACAGACGCUAACUGCUUAGCAGAGGAACGACUUUGGCUUCCCAACCAUGUGCAAAGGAUUAGCAGCCUUACCCCAGACAUGCCUGGAGAGGGCUAAAGAGAUCAAGAUCAAACUAGGAACACUCCUGCAAAAACCUGAAAAUGCCAUCGACCUUAUCAUUCCCUAUCCAGAAAAGCCAGAGAAAAAGCCUGAGAAACUUCAGAAACCUUCUGUGGAUGAAGCACUGCAGUGGCGGGAAUCAUUUGACAAGCUACUGGCAAACAACUAUGGCCUGAAUGCUUUCCGAAGCUUCCUGAUGUCCGAGUUCAGUGAGGAGAAUAUUGAGUUUUGGAUGGCCUGUGAAGAAUACAAGAAAAUCAAGUCCCCAAUAAAAAUGGAAACCAAAGCUAAGAAAAUCUAUGAGGAAUUUAUUCAGACUGAAGCUCCAAAAGAGGUGAACAUCGAUCAUUUUACCAAAGAUGUUACAAUCCAGAACCUUGUUGAACCCACUCCUACCACCUUUGAUUUGGCUCAGAAGAGAAUUUUUGCCCUGAUGGAGAAAGAUUCCUUUGCCAGAUUCCUGCGUUCAGAGCUGUAUCAAGAGUUACUGAAGUAGCUAUGUGGCUGGGCUGUGCAAAAUGACAUCCGCUGACAUCGAGACUCCUGAGCAUUGAAAUCACUAUUGUCACCCUAAUACUGCUUGACUGGCAGACUACUUUAUCAUACUGUUUCACAACACAAGACAAGAAUUCUAUCUUCAGAACACCAUAGUAUCAUCCAAAAAACAGACCGCAGUGGCACAAAGUGUUAAGCUUUGGAGAAAGAUGUAUAAUCCUCCAAAGUACUACUAUUAGAAGUGGUCCUCAAGUGGGAAUGUUCAUGCCCUUUUAUAAUCGAGGGAAAUUACCAUUUGCCGUCAUUGUCAUGGAUAUUUGUGUGGCAGUGGACAAGACCUAAAUGCAAGUUAAGCUAUGCUGAUCAUUGGUAGAUAGCUUGCCACCAAAUUUUGGUCACAGGAUUAGCUGCCCACAUGCUAUAAAAACUUGAACGCUUCAAAAUGUAACUCAUCUUCUCCCCGUGUCCUGCAUGCAUAAUCUAUUUUACAUAGAAAUCAAAUGAGAUUUACAUCUCCACCGCUUAAACAGAUUUAUUUUAAUGAAACCAUUAGACUGCAGCCAUUGGAGUUGUUUAAGUGAACUCUUGUUCUUUUACAAAAUUAUAUAUUUUUCCCAUGCCAUGUGGAACCCAUUUUAUAUCACUCAUAACAACAAGACAGGAAUGAAUGAGAAUAAAAGUUGACUCGAGUUCCACAGCAAGGACAGAAGAGUGAGCCUAUACUGAGCCUUUGUUGGUGAGAGCCAAUCAGAAAGCAGAAAUGCAGUUUAAUUAUUUGUUUUUUGAAUACUGGGCCUAUAAUGGACCAGUGGGCAGUUUCCUGCCUUGUGCCCAGGGCUGUCUGAGUAGGCUUCACCUAGUCUGUGACCUUGAUUUGGAUUUAGUCGGUUUGAGAAUGUUAUAUUAUGUAACUUUAAAAGAGCACCUUUAAUGGUGAGCACCUCCUUGAAGUGCCUCGUAGGAACAUGAAGCAGCAAAUGUGCACCUCAUGGUUACACAGUGUGGCAGUGGUGGGAUUUGAGUCUGCGACUUUAUAAUUUAGAGUAAGAAGCAUUAAAGAUAAGUAUUCUUGCCCUCAUUAUAUUUUCCUUGUUUGUGGAACUAUAACUUAAACACAUUUUGGGCAAAAAGAUACUUUUUCUGAAGUGAGAUAUAAGUGAUGAGCAAGUGUAUAGGCCUGGGGCGACCAGGCCUUUUAGAUAGCCACCUGUCUAAAUGGAGGCAUUAUAUUCAAAGGAGACGCUAACACUUUGAAACCCAUUGUUUAUAGAUACACUCACAAACGCAUGCAUUCCUUUUCUGGUCAAAGUGAGUUUAUUCCCGCUUGUAAUGGACCAUCUCUAAUCUUGGCUUUGAUUCCAGUUUGCUUCACUUUGAAGCUGAAACAGUCCAGAUGAGCUGCCUGCCAGUCGCUCUUUAUUUUCUUAUGUAUGGUGCAGCCUCUCUACUGUAUGCAUCUUCCUUCCUGAAUGACUUUGCGCAGCCCCAAUAAUAUCACACACACACACACACACACACACUCAGACACACUCAAAUGCAGACUUGCGCUUUAUCGGCCAGGUUUUGGGCUGCACCGGGCCCAUGCUCUUAGCACUUUGUAAUUGUAAGUAUUGUUAAAGCUUUAUGUGUACUGAAAGUAAUCCACACACUGUGUGUUCAGCUCUGCGACUCUGACCGAUUCAUCCAAUUCAUGGCGAUCUGACUUCACUUAAUUCAAUAAAAGCCUGCAAUGUAUGACCUCCAAGUUAGUCACUUGGAACCUAUGGUUAUUCUAACCA